AUGCUCAGCAGGUUCAGAAGGCUCGGUCCUCAGAAGGCUCGGUCCUCAGGGUUCAGAAGGCUCGGUCCCAAGAAGGCUCGGUCCUCAGAAGGUUCGGUCCUCAGAAGGCUCGGUCCUCAGGGUUUAGAAGGCUCGGUUCUCAGAAGGCUCGUAUCCUCAGGGUUCAGAAGGCCCGGUCCUAAGAAGGCUCGGUCCUCAGAAGGUUCGGUCCUAAGAAGGCUCGGUCCUCAGAAGGCUUGGUCCUCAGAAGGCUUGGUCCUCAGAAGGCUUGGUCCUCAGAAGGCUCGGUCCUCAGAAGGCUCGGUCCUCAGAAGGCUCGGUCCUCAGAAGGCUCGGUCCUCAGAAGGCUCGGUCCUCAGAAGGGCCGGUCUUCAGAAGGGCCGGUCCUCAGGGUUCAGAAGGCCCGGUCCUCAGGGUUCAGAAGGCUCGGUCCUCAGGGUUCAGAAGGCUCGGUCCUCAGGGUUCAGAAGGCUCCGUCCUCAGGGUUCAGAAGGCUCGGUCCUCAGGGUUCAGAGGGCUCGGUCCUCAGGGUUCAGAGGGCUCGGUCCUCAGGGUUCAGAGGGCUCGGUCCUCAGGGUUCAGAGGGCUCGGUCCUCGGGGUUCAGAGGGCUCGGUCCUCGGGGUUCAGAAGGCUCGGUCCUCAGGGUUCAGAAGGCUCGGUCCUCAGGGUUCAGAAGGCUCGGUCCUCAGGGUUCAGAAGGCUCGGUCCUCAGGGUUCAGAAGGCUCGGUCCUCAGGGUUCAGAGGGCUCGGUCCUCAGGGUUCAGAGGGCUCGGUCCUCAGGGUUCAGAAGGCCCAAAUACAUUUACUCGUCUGA